UUGGAGAGGAGAUCUCGGAAGAGCCAGGGGCCCUGGAGCCCUGGCUCCGCUGGAGGGGUACUAUGGAGCUAGCCAGUCCCCUCUUGAGUCGCAAGGCUGGGAAGUCCAGAUGCUGGAGGCCAAGGACAGGCCCGCCUCUGACAGGGUCAGGCCUAGGAAGCCACUCAGACUUUGGAGGCGUUUCUGCCACUGGCCCCACAGCUAGGAGCCACCGGAGUCCAGAAUCCUUUCCGUCGAAUAGAUUGGGAAACGGUUAUGAAGCGGAGGUGCAGGGGCGGAGUUCCACUAGGUUAAGGCGAUUCGAAGUCUGGAUUCUUAAGUACUCCUUGGUUUGAGGAGGAAGUGGGUGACCAUUUCAAACGUGUGGAAGAGAAGAGAAAUUGGAGGGCGUUACUUUGGAGCGCACACCCCUGCACAAGGCCAUUUUAGGCAAGCACGGGGGCCGCCUCAGCGCUCAGCGUUUAUUGCAGCGAAUCACAUCGUUCUCAAAAACUGCAGGGGGUGUGACCAGCUCUCCCAGCCAAUCAGCUUUGGGCUCAUUUGCAUAGGUCCGAAUCAAAUGUUCACAAACUCUAGAAAUGGAUGAUAUAAACAAGUUUCUUUUUCCCCUAUCUUUCCUUCUGAAAGUUAUAGUGUCCCUCGUUGAUUAUACAACAAUCAGAAUUAGAAAACUCGACACUGAGCUCACCCUCACCAAUAGUGGCGUUCAUGGAUAUCCCAUGUUCUCUCCAGGCCACUUCCUGUAGUGUUACAGCUCUUUUAGAAUUUGUCUAGCAGGUUUUCCGGUUUUUACCGGAAGACCCCCUCCACAAUACGUUUUCAACAAUAGAGCUAUCUCGGUUUUAGAAGUGGUUUUCGCUUUUAGAUUUUUUUUUUUCUUUUUCAUCCCCCAAUGGCAUCGAGUCCAGUUGGGUCAUCUCUCGUUUUAAGGCAUUUUGGCGUUUAGUAUUGCGCUGCACCGCGAGGCUUCCGGCUGCCGCUGAUGCUGCUUCCCUUCCACCCCCGUCAGUUUCGAGAGUCGCUCUAGCAGGCUGAUCGUUUUUCCCGUGCAUUUCCUUGGUUCGGCUGCACGUGCAGCUUUUGUUACCCUAUGGCGUCCGCCUCGGCCCAACCUGCGGCCCUGAGUGCCGAGCAAGCCAAGGUGGUCCUGGCCGAGGUCAUCCAGGCGUUCUCGGCCCCGGAGAACGCCGUGCGCAUGGACGAGGCUCGGGACAACGCGUGCAACGACAUGGGCAAAAUGCUGCAAUUCGUGCUGCCCGUGGCCACGCAGAUUCAGCAGGAGGUUAUCAAGGCCUAUGGCUUCAGCUGCGACGGGGAAGGUGUCCUUAAGUUUGCCCGCUUGGUCAAGUCUUAUGAAGCCCAGGAUCCCGAGAUUGCCAGCUUGUCGGGCAAGCUGAAGGCGUUGUUCCUGCCACCCAUGACAUUGCCGCCCCACGGGCCUGCUCCCGGUGGCAGCGUGGCUGCCUCCUGAGGGUCGGCCCUCCCCUGGGACACUGCCCAGGAAGGGAAGACCUUGAUGUUCCAGAGGAUAAUAAACAUGCCUGUGACUUA